GCACUAGCAACAGUCAGUAGAUCACAUGAUAUGACAAAGCAGCUAGCUACUUCCUAUGUAGACAGCUAGCCAGUUCACAUCCAGACUGCCACAGAGACUGCGACUACCUUAACAUCCAAGAUGCUGGCCCUCAUAAACAGGCUUUUGGACUGGUUCAGGUCCCUCUUUUGGAAAGAAGAGAUGGAGCUUACAUUGGUGGGACUUCAGUACUCUGGGAAAACCACAUUCGUCAAUGUGAUUGCAUCAGGCCAGUUCAGUGAAGACAUGAUUCCCACAGUUGGUUUCAACAUGCGGAAAGUCACUAAAGGCAAUGUGACAAUAAAGAUAUGGGACAUAGGGGGACAGCCUCGCUUCCGAAGCAUGUGGGAGCGCUACUGUCGAGGAGUCAAUGCUAUAGUUUACAUGGUGGAUGCUGCAGACCGAGAGAAGAUAGAAGCUUCCAGAAAUGAACUGCACAACCUUUUAGACAAACCACAGCUACAAGGAAUUCCCGUUCUAGUCCUGGGCAACAAACGAGACCUACCCAACGCACUUGAUGAGAAGCAGCUGAUUGAAAAAAUGAAUCUGUCUGCCAUUCAGGACCGAGAGAUCUGCUGCUAUUCUGUCUCCUGCAAAGAGAAGGACAAUAUAGAUAUCACGCUGCAGUGGCUCAUCCAGCAUUCAAAGUCACGGAGAAGCUGAAAAUGAAGCGCCCCCCCCCCAGUUGCAGCUCUGGCCUCAGCCCCCUAAUAGUCAUGGGACCUCGACAGCCAUCCUUUCCACUGCCUCUGUGAAGUAAUUCCAGCUAUCUGCUCACUACCGUCACCACCUGCACCACCCAGUACACUACCAUACAUGUGUAGCCCCCUGUACAGCACUACCCCCACCCCAACUAUCUGGAGUCUUGAAAAGUUGUUACAGUACUGUGCUAGAAGGUGGAUUGUCUACCCAUCAUGCCUUAUUGCCAGUCAUUACAGACAUGCUUCGUGUCUGAGUUUU